AUGUGCAUUGCCUGUGUCACAAGUGCCAGGUGCGCCUGUUCAGUCUGCGCUCAACUGAUCCAGGCCUAUUUACAAACCAGCCGGGAGCUCCACACCUGCAUCCUCAGGUCCCGGAUCAAUGAGAUGCUGGAAGCCAACCAGGGUCUUGAGGAAAUGCCUCCGAAGGUUUGUGGGGCCACAAAUUCCCCAUCCACAACCGAAGAUAUUGAAGAGAUGACGACUGAGAGCAACCAGAUCCAGACGGCUGCGAGCGACCCAAAUCAGAUGAGUCCAUUGCUUGGUCCACUCAACAAAAUUGUAAAGGGUCUUGAGGAAAUGCCUCCGAAGGUUUGUGGGGCCACAAAUUCCCCAUCCACAACCGAAGAUAUUGAAGAGAUGACGACUGAGAGCAACCAGAUCCAGACGGCUGCGAGCGACCCAAAUCAGAUGAGUCCAUUGCUUGGUCCACUCAACAAAAUUGUAAAGGGUCUUGAGGAAAUGCCUCCGAAGGUUUGUGGGGCCACAAAUUCCCCAUCCACAACCGAAGAUAUUGAAGAGAUGACGACUGAGAGCAACCAGAUCCAGACGGCUGCGAGCGACCCAAAUCAGAUGAGUCCAUUGCUUGGUCCACUCAACAAAAUUGUAAAGGGUCUUGAGGAAAUGCCUCCGAAGGUUUGUGGGGCCACAAAUUCCCCAUCCUCAACCGAAGAUAUUGAAGAGAUGACGACUGAGAGCAACCAGAUCCAGACGGCUGCGAGCGACCCAAAUCAGAUGAGUCCAUUGCUUGGUCCACUCAACAAAAUUGUAAAGAUGACCACUGAGAAUAACCAGAAUCAGUUCACCAGUCCAAGUCAAAUGGAUCCAGUUGUCAACAGUGAAAAGAUCAGUCCAGUGCAAUGA